AUGAAGUUCCAUCUGAGAUCCACAAAUCGAUCUUCCAACACCAACAUGGGACAAUCAUCUGCUCCAGCAUCGCCUACAACCCCGGUCGAUAGCGGCGACCCGGGCAGUUCCUCAUCUCAACUGAACCUCUCCCUCCGCUUCCGCCGCACCUGCAGCAAGGGCGAGAUCACCUCUGUCGGCCUUUCGCCCUGCAGCUCAGCAGCCUUUGCCAUCUACAUGGCCGCCCAGACUUCUCAGUCUUGGAUUGAUGUGUUUGACCUGAAGACUCAGCGGGGUUACUCGCAGACCAGCGGCUCUCACGCCGUCUUUGCGCCGCACACUGCUCGUUUGGCGACUAUCCGGGAUUGGAUCGUUCAGCUUCCCGGAGGAGUGGACUUUCACCACUCUAGCACCGUUCUCCUACGGGACUUUACGACGGGAAAGACUGCUGGAGAACUCAAGGAGGCCAAGGGCGAGCCGGUUGCUUGGAGCCACGACGGGAGAGUCAUUGCUGUCGGAGAGGGCAGAGACCGCAUUGGUGUCUGGGAUGCAAAGAACGGACACCGAGUUGGAAGAGUUCUGAGCCACAUCGACACUGUUACGCACGCUGCCUUUAUGCCCGACCACAGCCUGGUCACCAUCUCUCGCGACGGAACUCUUCGAAUCACCAACCCAGUCACAUGCAAGACCACCCGCCGUCUUGAGAUUGAUGGCUCGACCAACCCGCGAGCUCUAGCCGUCAGCCCCGACGGCCGACGAAUCGUCUCAGUCUGGGGAACGAGCGUGCACGUCUGGAUGCCACUAGCCAACGACCUAACCUCAUACAACCUCAACUCGGUGCGCCGCUUUGAAGGCUGGCCGCUGGCUAUCUCAUCCGACUGUCGCUACGUGCUCUGCAGAACCGAAGACGGCUUCGACAUCAUGGACGUUGCGACGGGAACCGUUGAAUUUGAGAGGACUACGGAGGAACUGGUAAUGUCGGGUGCUUUUUCGGAGGACGGGACGACUUUGGUGCUUGGCAGGAUGGACGGCGUUGUUGAGGUUUGGGAUAUUUCUGGCCCGAGGUGUUGA